AUGGCGAGAGCAACAGCAGGCACCAUUCCCCUAGAAAACAUGCGUCUAGGAACCACUUAUGGUCAAAAAGACACGACCAAGGAAGCCCCCAGCAUACCACCCAAGAUCAAGGACAGCACACCCAAAUACACCGCCAGUGAAGAUCUCCUGGAAUUUCCAUCAGACGAAGACGAAUCAGCAGACAAGGUCCCAGAAAUCCCCAUCAGAAAAUACAGCAUCCCCAUGAAUGCCGGAACCCUCACACGCGAAGAUGAUGAAAAACCCCGGUCAAGAGACACAUCGCCCGAUCGAGCCAGCAUCGGUGCCAAAAGCUUCGAAACAGCUACCUUCGACCAAAUGGAAGACUUUUCCAGCACAGCCUUUGGAAGCAACAACAGUACACUCAUACAAGAGCUCUACGCGACGAUCAGUUCUCUCACGCGAGAGCGGCAAAUUGCAGAAGAAAAGGCAGAAAGAGCGACAGAUAGGGUGGAGGAGAUGAAGCGGUUGGUCAAUGAUGGAAUGAGUGACAUUUCCAAGGAUACGAAGAAGUUGGCGGAUGAGAUUGAGAAGUUGAGAGACGAGAAGAGGUUCUUGAAGGAGCAGCUGGGGGAUGCGCAGAGUCAUAUUUUCAGUUUGCAGCCGUAUCGGAAGGAGUUGACCGCUGAGGAAGUCGGGCUUCAAGAUUGGGUACAAAAGAUCAUGGAGCCCUUCUUGGAAGAUCCUGAAUCAGGCGUAGAUGAAAUCAUCAGCGCCGCCAGAAAGCGUCAAGUGGACGCCAUGUUGUUCAAAAAGACGAUCAGAAAGCAUCCCGAUUUAAUUAACGCAACUACAGUUCCAGAAACAGACGAAGACGUCAUUGUAGGAAUCAUAAUGCGCUUCCUCCACGACAACAUCUUCCAGAAGAUCAUGUACGGCUCUAUCCACAACUACACCGAAAUCAUCAGCAAUAUCGAAAACUUUAUGCAAACGGCUGUUGAAAACUGGACAGCAGAAGCCUACAACUCCAUCCUAUCGACCCCCCAGUUCCGCAACGUCCGCCACAAACGUCGCCAGGAACUCACCCUCGAGCUCGGCACGACUCUCAGAAUCUUCUGCCGGAAAGACCGCUUCCAGCGCUUCUGCGAGGACAUCGAGGAGCAGUGCUUAGCGCCUGCGAUGAAGCUCUACGAGAAGCUGCAGGUGUCUACGCACCAUUUCUACCUUGACAUUAACCCGUUCAUGGCGUGGGGAUCGAGCGGCCAGCUCAUCUCGUCGGUGGAGUUUAUCGACAGCAUAGGGAAGUUGGAUUGCAGGAAUGUCCUGCAGAACAGAAAGGUGUUCAACAUGGCCAAGAUGGAUCCUGCGCCGAGUACGGCGGAACUACGUCAUCACAUGGUGAAUGUGUGUACGGUGGUGCCGGCGCUGAUGAUGAGGCAGGUUGGGCAGAGGGAUGCGAUUAAGGAGCCCGUGGUGGUGAGGAGGCAGCAGAUGUUGGUGGCGUGGGGGCCGGAGGAGAAGAGGAGGAGGUUUUUGGAGGAGGGAGAUGCUACUUUGUGUGGGUGUUUGCUUGGGGUGAAGAGUGAGGGUGGUUCUUGGGUUUCAAACUUUCGAUGGUGA